AUGGGUGAUUUUUGUAUAGCUCUUUGUGGAUCAAAUGGAUGUAUUUUUGUUGUUAACAAGCACAGUAAAAUUGAAGAGGAAUGGGACGAUUUUGAUAGUGAUGUAUUACUUCUAGAAGUCAUAAAAUCAAAUCUUAAAAUUCCCAACAAGAUUCGCAAAUGUGAAUUAAAGUCAUCGAUAAAUAAUAAAUCAGAAGUCAUCAUUACUUAUGGAAAUACUGAUGAAAGGAAAUUGAUUUUUGGAACUAUCAUCGAUGAAAAAAGAAGCUACUUAUUGUCAUUUUAUAAGCCGAUGCCGCUCCACAUUUUGUCUAAUCGUGUAUCAGAUUUAAUGAGAAAAAUGGCAUCAUCAAAUCCAGAAGUGAUUUUGGCAUCAUGGACAAAUGAUAAUCAUUGUGAAUUGUAUUCAAUCAGUGCCAAUGGAGAGAGCAAUAAAUGUUUUGGAUGUGUGAUUGGUCAUCAAAAAGAAAACAUCAAAGAAGCUUUAUUGAAACUUGAUUUCAGAGUCUUGAAUGUGCGACAAUUAUUAACAGCUGUUGUAAAGCUUGCAUUAGAAUUUUGUGAUGAAGAAGAUGAUCUUCAACUAUCGUGGAUUUGUGAUGAAACAAAUGGAGAACAUCAAAUCUGUGAUCAAAAAUUAGUAGACAAUGUGAUGAAAUGCAUUUAA